CUUUGUAUGCAAAUAGUUUCUAUUUCUGCGACAGGAAAGCUCUUUGAAUACGCCAGCUCAAGUAUGUAGCAGGUAAUUGAAAGGCAUAAUCUACAUCCAGAUAAUCUUGGCAAAAUGGACCAACUGUCUCUUGAGCUACAGGGUGAAAGAUUUCUGGAAGAGAUCACUGCCCUUCAGCAAAAGGGAGCCCAACUGAUGGAAGAAAACCAACGAUUAAAACAGAUGGAGAAUCUGUUUAGCACUGAAACAUAUGUACUUGAACAAGGUCAGUCAUCUGAGUCAAUCACCAAUAUUUGCAGCUCAUCAGAUCCUCAAAAUAAUGAUAGUUCAGACAUAUCUCUCAAGUUGGGGGUGUUGUCACUUGCAAUUCAUCAUCGAGCAAUUUGACUGUUUCAAUAGCAACUUAACCAUCAUCAUUGACUGCAUGGCAAGAAAUGCAUACUGCUACUAUAGGGAAACUCUUUGCCUUAGUGCAUCUUUCUAUGUCUUGCAGGCUACCUUUUCCUAAAUGAAUUUGAAGUAUAGUGAAGAUCAAGAAGCAUGCAUGGAUUCUCUUUUAUCAAAUACAAAAGAAAAAUGGUCGUGCUAAAGUAAAUACAAAUCCUAGCUCAGAGUUGUAAUUAAUUUUCUUUAAGGCCAAUUUGUUUCUACUAGUUGAUUCUAAGAGAGUUUGCAUGUGUAUACGAUAGAUUUUGGAUGCUUAAUCAUUUUUAUGGAUGAAUCAAGGGUCAAUUUGUUACAAUGGAAAAUAAAGUAGAGGGUGUUGGAAAAGGUCGAGUGUAGGGUUGAGACUAAUGGCAAGUCAUACUAUUGAUAAAUUGAUUCACAAUUCUGCAAUAGGUUUUGUUUAUCUUUGCGUGAUUGCUAGUAUUACAUAUUUUCCGCAACAUUUCUUUAUCAA